AUGCUAAAAAACUUAAAUCACCCAAAUAUUGUAAAAUACUACGGCUAUAAACAAGACUAAGAAUUCCUUUAUAUAUACAUGGAAUAAAUGAGCGGCGGUAGUAUUUCAUCUAUGUUGAAAUAAUACGGAUCUUUUGAUGAAGAAGUCAUAAAAAUAUUUGUCAAAUAAAUAGUCUAAGGGCUUUCUUAUCUUCAUUCCCUAGGUGUUGUACAUAGAGAUAUUAAAGGGGCCAAUAUAUUAUCGAAUGGGAAUGGAAUAGUCAAAUUAGCGGAUUUCGGGGCGGCUAGAAUUAAGCAAAACCUGAAGGUUAAUAGACUAUAGGAGUCUGAAUUUUGCGAAAGUGCGAAAGGAAGUCUUUUUUGGAUGGCUCCAGAGGUGAUUAAAUAAGAAACUCAUGGGAGAAAAAGUGAUAUUUGGAGCCUAGGGUGUACUAUUAUUGAAAUGGCAAGUGGGAAACACCCUUGGGAUGGUGUUAAGAACCGAGUAUUUAAAAGUUGA